GCACAGAUACUAUUAAUUCGCAGAAUCCAAUAAAUUUACAAGUACCCAUUCUCCCUGAAAUAAACUCUGAUAAUACUCCCAUAAAGAAUAUUUCGUCAUAUACCGAUGUGAACCGGCUAAAGGCUAAGGGCCAACCCGAUAAGGAGGAAGCUAUUAAUCCCGAUCCUAUACUCGAAAUAGAACAUAUCUCAACCCAAUCCGAAUCACAAAUAACUUUUCUAUCUAUUGAAUCCCACUCCGAUAAAGAAACUUCAAUACACUGUGAAACAAAUGAUUCUAUAACUAGCAUUACUCCUGUAACUCCAGAACAGAUAGUCUCACAAAGUGAGGAUGUUCCUGCAUCUGAUAGUUCUUCAGAUGAUUUACCCGAAGCUGAGUUAAGUGAGGAAGCCAAGAAAACUUUACCGGGAACUGAGAUAAAUGUAUUGCCUGAGAAAGUAUUACCAGAAAUCGAGAUAUUAGACACAAAAGCCAAUGAUAGUAAACCACAAUCUUUAAUUACUGCUUUAUCCGAUGAUGAGCCAGAAAAUUUCUCCGAUGACGAUGAUUCCUUCAAUAACAACGAAGAUGAUGGGGAGUUCUGUG